GCACUCUUACAGUACGUGACUGUCCUUUAAAGAGAAUAUUCUGUCACCUGUCGAGCCAUCUAGUAUCACGAGACGAUGUCAACUCCAGCCUAGCUAACAGGCUCCCAAACCAAUAGCGACAGCUGCCCAAAGAGUUGUCAUGAAUGCCAAAAUUCGUAUUUAGGGGAAAGUGGACAGUUCGGGAAUCAUGUAGUGCGCCUAUUUUAAAAGCUGAAUGAGUUAUGUUCCUUCGGGUGCAAAAACUAAAACCCGACGAACGAGCUGUGGGUAGCCUAGUUACUGCGACUAAUUACAGUUUGUGUCAAGUUUUGUCGCGCUCCAGAGUGGUACCGAUCAGUUAGUUAUGGAAGAAGUUAUCAAUUCUGGUACAUGUCCUGAAUUAAAAGAUUUGGAAACAAAACUUGGCAUGAGAACACCGGAGAGUUUGUUGAGAUCCAUGAGAGAGGAUUACUCAAGGGAUGAACGCGCCCGGGAUACUGAUGAGAGUCUGGCUAUGAUUCUUCCUGAGGGACUUUUUGAAAAAAUAAAAGCCCUAAAACUUCAGAUGGGACAGCUGCGAUCGGCAGACGUGAGAAUUCUACGCCAGUUGUUGUCGCUGCAUGAGAGCAUGGAGAUGCUCCGAUGGCUACAGGGUGACCGGAGCACUCUCACCAGUCUAACGAGUAGCCUGACAGGCAGCCAGUCCAGUCUGGGUGAGGUGGCUAAUAUGACCCACGGGCCAGGUGGUGAGUCCCCCAGCUGUUGCCCAAGUACACCACCUGGAAUAGCACACACACCAUGUCCCUCGCCAUCUGGAGCCACACAGUGCUCCACAUCAUUUGAAGAUUCCAGUGAAAUAUCUGAUCAAGCUUGGUCUACAGUGUCCAGGCCUACCGCUAUAAAGGCUUUAUCACAUGAAGAUGGCCCUGCAGAUCUCACUGGGCAAACUGCUGUGCUUGAGAGGCCAAACAAGAUCGAUUCUAGCAAAGAUCUACCCAAAAGUGAUGAGUCACCUCAAUGUAGUGGGCUGCCACACAGCAAAGUGGUGAAGGGUGAAGUGAUGAACCACAAUGAGGGAAGUGUUCAACAUGCACAGGAGGAACCAGAGCUCUCCUUAGGUCAGAGUGAAGCCCUGCUGGGCUACGAUACUCACUGGUGCUGGGUGGAGUCAAAGGACGAUGUGACUUUCCAUUGAUAGCCUUCUCUUUUUUUUAACUGUAUUUGACUCAUUGAUGAAAAUGUAACAUUAGUUGCAAAUGAGUUGCUUUAGGAUACUUUAGGCUAUAUAAUGAUUAUGCAGAUAGUUAUGUUUGUACUUUUGUUGGUUUACGGUAAAACUGUAAUUUAGUCGAGUAGUUUGUCAUAAGCCAUUCCACACCGCAUUCUUUAUAUUUCUUGUACCAUGCAGAAUUUCUCCAUAGUUGCUUGCCUUACAGAAAGUUUAGAUGUUUCAGUCUCUGAAUUUCUUCUCAAUUUCUACAGACAUUGAAUAUUAUUGUCAAAGGAGUGCCUGGCCAGUUUGUCCAUUGUAAUGGUUGUUGUGGACUGCUGGUCAUAUGAUGUCCAAGGCUUGUGAUUUGUCUGUUUGAAUCACAUGGGUUGACAACAGCUCCCCCACUCAGCAAAAACGGCUCUUCAACUCCAAAAAUCACCAACAUGUCAAGUUGUCAUUCCACAGCUCCGGUCAGUUCAUAAACUGCUAUACAGGA